GCGGUCUCCUCGUGGGAAUAGAUAACAGUUGCCUGUGCAGACGCUGCCCUCUCUACCCGGCUGAUAGACGUGUUUCGAACUCCAGGAAAGAAAAAUGCGUAUGUCAACCUUCUUCACUACUUUAAUCCUGGGUUUAAACUGCAUUUUAAGCACACCGUCAUCACUUGGAACUAACGGUUCAAAACCUGCUCCCUGCACGAAGACAUGGUUGAACCACUGCUGCCACGUCGACUGCUCCAACAGAAAUUUGAGUGAGGUGCAGCUCCCACAGAAUUUACCAAACUCAACAUGUGUCUUAAAUCUAACAUUCAACUUCAUUAAAUCAUUCCCAGAAACAUAUUUCCAAAAGUUACCCAAUCUGACAAUUCUGGAUCUGUCCCACAACCAGCUCGGACAAGAAGUGGGCGUGGCUUUCAGUGACCUUCCAAGGCUGAAACACUUAAACAUAUCUCAUAAUAAUGUACAAAGUAUAUCUUUGGAGGCAUUUUCGAAUCUAACGUCCCUAGUUCAUCUGGAUAUGUCCUGCUGCGGGUUACGGUCAAUAGAACCCGGUUCGCUCUCGCGUCUACAGAACAUUACAACGCUGAAUCUCACAGGGAAUUGGCAACUCGGAUUUGAUGGAUUGGAAAAUGCAACGGAGGGUCUUGGAACCUCAGCCAUAACAGAACUGUAUAUCAACAACAUUGUUUCUCGCCAUAAACUCUGUGUGGUGGUGCUUGAUCGUCAUUUGAGGAAUCUUGAGAAUACGUCCCUGAAAACAAUUGAAGCAGAUAGAAACAGCAUAGUUAGUUUUGGAGGACAGACUCUGGAGCUUCUUCCAAAAACAUUGCAAAAUGUGACUGUUCGCAGGAAUAACUUUGCAUUUGCCCAAUACGUACUCUCCCUCUCAAACCUGACCGGCCUGACGCAUAUUAAACUGGGAGGAACUGUGCGAGACCUGUCACAAAUCAUACCCGUUGCUGAUGACCUGUCAACUGUUGAAUAUUACCACUGUAGCCAUAGCGAGAGUUGUGCUGCAGAAGAAAAUAUGUGGUCAUUUCCUCAAGAAACCUUUGAAAUGCCUUUGAGAUCAAAUAUAUUGACAUCCAACAAAACAAGACCUCUUCAUAUUCCACCCAACUUAACGUAUGUAAGUUAUGCCAAUGCUGAAUCAUCUAUAACGCUUUCCGAGGUCCAUUUUGGCGAAAACAAGCUAGAACAUCUUGACCUUUCGUUCAACGUCAUGGUCGACUGGCAGGGGCCAAUAAUUGGUUUGAAUCAUUUGAAAGUUUUGAACCUGGCACAGAACGUAGCCAGUAAUGUGUCUUAUCAUUUUUUUGAGUAUUUGACAUCAUUAGAACACUUAAAUCUUUCAGGCAAUUCCCUCGAUAGAUGCAUCACGUGUGACAAGAAAGGUCAAAUAUUUGGCAGUUUGAAGAAUCUUGAGUAUCUCGACCUAUCGAAGCAGUUCCUCCAUCAUUUACCAUACAACAUAUUUCAAGGCCUGCAUAAUCUCAAAGAAUUAGAUUUAUCCCACAAUGCUCUCCCAGAGAUAGAAUUAAAUUUAACAUGUAAUAAAAAAUUGCAGUACAUAGAUUUUUCAUACAAUCAAAUCUGGUACAUAUAUAAGGGCCUAAGACAUCAACUAGACAUGUUGGCAGCUCGGCCUAUGAUGAACAUCAGCAUCAAUUUGACUGGCAAUCCCCUUUUGUGUAAGUGCGCGCAAAUUGAAUUUCUUAAAUGGCUGGAAAUUUCAAAAGUUGGGAUCUUAAACUUUGAAAACUAUACAUGUUAUAAUAAUGAAGACCGUAACAUUCAUAUGAAGAACCCGUAUGUGCUUAUCGAAAAUUUUAGAGUUUCAUGCAGCCAAGAAGUUGGAAAGUUGGUGUGGAUUUUGUUCGCAACGUGUUUCGUUUUUAGUCUGAUAUGCUUUUCAAUGAUUUACCGCAACAGAUGGAAGCUCCGAUAUCUUUACUACGUUGCAAAGUUACGAGUGAUGAAAUUGCCAGAAUCUAGACAGUCGUUUGAUUAUGACGGCUUUAUAUCCUAUGCUGACGAAAACAGAGAGUUUGUUUUGACGGUGAUGAUGCCAAAAUUGGAAGCGGAGGGCAUAAGACUGAACGUCCAUCAUAGGGACUUCCUGCCUGGGAAUCCCAUUGCGGAGAACAUCAUUGACGCCAUUCAGAAGAGUCGCCGGGCUGUGAUAGUGUUGUCAAAGGACUUCGUGAGGAGCAAAUGGUGCAUGUAUGAAGUGAACAUGGCCAAUAUGGAAGGGAUCUCUACUGGGAGAGAUGUUUUGGUCAUUGUGAUGUAUGAAGAUGUACCGACCAGAGACGUGCCCCCCGAGUUGUUGUAUCACAUUCAGAACAACACCUACAUCGAGUACCCGCAUAUAGGGAGUGACACUACGUUUUGGGAACAUCUCAGUCAAGCUUUGAGAAACGAGGAAUAGAAUGUGGAUUGAAUAACAGUAAAUAGGUUAUUGAGCUGAAUCAUUUCUGGAACUGGUGGACUCAUUUGUGUUGAUGAUGCAAAGGGAUCUAGAAGACAGAAACGUCAUCCCGUCAAUUCCUGCUAUAGUUUCGACCACAGCGUUAGUCUCAGCUUAUCGUGGGCAUCAGGAUGUCGCUGAGGCCGUGCGAGUCUAUGAGGAUGGGAAAGGGUUCGAUACUCAUGUCACUUGGCUGAGCGCCUCCCUGCAAGGUCGUAUCCUAGUUGUUAAUAUUGGUGACUUUGACCUAAUUGUCUAAAAGUGCCCAUUGCAAAUAAUUGCUGGCUAUGUCACGGCAAGCGUUCUUCAAAAACAGCGCAAGAACGAUUUUCGUAGGAGGGAGAUGUGGCAUAGCUCGAAAACCUGAAUUCUCAAAAGAGAGAAGAAGAAACGAUUGUAAGGGACACUUCCAUUUGUUGUAACGUGGAUACUCACGUUGAGACCUACAUGUAUAUUUUUAUGAUUAUGAUGAUGAUAUGAUUACACUUUUGCCAAGACAUUGAAGGCUGUUAUUGGCGCCUCCAUCUUAAGACAUUAAGGCCCAUAUUAACUCAUGCAACAUCAGGUAUUCAUUACCCAUGUAUAUAAUAACAACACGUUUCACAAACAAUACCUGUUUCAUAUAUACUUGCCUAACAUUUCUUUCACUGCAGUCAUGUAUUUCACAAAGAGAAGCUAUCAGUGUAAAUAGCUUAUGCCUAUGUGUUGUGUUAGUUGAUUUCAAUUUCCUUUCACGGAACAGCUUGCUAGAAAUGGCUUUAUCAGGGUUACAGCAUCCAAGGACUCGAGUAGCUUCCAAAACUUUUUAUUGUA